AUGGCGGCGCCGAAGAAGUCUGCCUUCGAAGACCUCCAGAGCUUCUUCGAAGAGGCCGACGAUGCGUUCGAUAAGAUGGACGUCGAGCGGACGCAAAUGAUCAGCUGCCUCAGGAAGGCGCUCGAGGCAUCUGACACCGUGGAGCCUGUCCGCGGGGGCCCGUUGGAGGAGCCUGCAGUUUCGAGCUCCUCUGCGUCGGCGACUCUGGAGGUGGAGGUCGGCAGUUCGGAGGUCGGCCACACCCGGAUCGACCAUGCUGCUCUGGGGCGCGCUGUCGACGAAGUUCUGGGUGAAAAGGCAGGCGAAGCGGACGAUCAGGUCCUUCCAGAAGGCGCGGCAGGGCGCGUCCAGCAGUUCAUGAACGCGGAUCCUGACUUCGCUCGGAUUGCCCUGCUCAUGGCAAUGGACCCGCUCGCCGUGGACUGGAACGAUCCCGCCGUCAUCAACGUCGAGAAGGCGUUGGUCUUGGAGUUCAAGUGCCACAAGAAGUUCAAGGCACGGGGCCCUCCUGGCCCGCUCCAGGGGGGGCCCAAGGAGUGGAGGGGCCAAGCCUGGAGGGCGAAGAGCGGUCGGUGGGGCCCCCGUGGCGGCCGCAGCAUGCGGUUGGCAGAGUUCCAGGCGAAGUUCGGCAAGGAGCGAGGCGCGCAAGCAUUCCUCGAGGACGAGGACCGACGCCGCAGCUUGCGGCUAGAAACCUUCUUUGCGAAGUUCGGCAAGGAGCGAGGCGCCGAGGCCUUCCAGGAGGACGAGGCCGCGCGCUCGAGCAAUUGCAAGGGGAUCGCGCGCAUGAUGGCGGUCGGCCGCCCAAAGCCCCAGCAACCCAUUGUGGCGUCGCCGACGUUCGUGCCUCCAGCUUACAAGGCCAGGCCGACGCCCAAGAUGAUGCCGCCAACCGCCCUGCCGAUCGCGCGCACCGCGGACGCAGGAAAGGGCUCGGGCGAGCGGGCUGCCAAGGGCGAGAACAAGCGCGCCAGGGAGGGCAAGGGCGAUGGCGAGCAAGGCAAGGGCACCUACAAGGACGCGGACAAUGGCAAGGGCAAGGGCGCGGAUCAGGACAAAGGCAAGGGCGCCCACAAGGACGCGGGCAACGGCAAGGGCGCCCACAAGGACGCGGCCAAGAGCAAGGGCAAGCACGGCAAGGUGCAAGCGGACGACGAUGCGAGCCCGACGUGGACUGUGCGGGGUGGCAAGUGCCCCUUCGGCUCGCAGUGCAGCAAGCGCAGCUCGACCACCAAGAACUGCAACUCGUUCGAGGAGGACGUCGACAAGAAGCAGUGGGCAAACGACGCCGCCAAGUGGGAGUCUGGCAAGAAGCGCAAGCCCCAUCAGCAGCUGCAGUGGCAUCCCACCGAAGAUCGCGUGGGUCUCAGCGCACCGCCGACGGGUGCUGGCACGGGUCGGAUCACGCUCUCAGAGAUGCAGUUGCGGGCAUGCGUCGACUCGCUGAAGCGCGCCAAGGUCUCGGCGGAGAGCGCGGCGAACCUGCGCGCCAAAGCUUCUCGUGCUUUCAACGGGGAGGUCACGUGCAUCCAGCAGUGCGUCGAGGUGAUCGGGUCGCACGUUCAGCCUACGCGCGUGAUCAACAUCAGGUAG